AGUCAGCCAGUUGAAUGGUAUGAGGUAAGUUUAAUUUACAUUACUACUACUACUACUACUACUACUACUACUACUACUACUACUACUACUACUACUACUACUACUACUACUACUACUACUACUACUACUACUACUACUACUACUACUACUACUACUACUACUACUACUACUACUACUACUACUACUACUACUACUACUACUACUACUACUACUACUACUACUACUACUACUACUACUACAACUACUACUACUACCAAAAUUAUUUCAUGUUGUAUUUUUACAUUUAAAUGUUACCCUAUUCUGAUAAUUUAUCAUUUUUAUUUAUUCAUUUUUUAA